AGAAUCCUGAUCCGGAAAUAGGAGAAUGAAUAUAUGCCGGAACAAAAAUCUCGUGACCUGGCUAGGCUACUUGCUUCAUUUGACUGAUGACUCUUGGCGGCCAAAAUACUGUCAAGGUGACAUGUCUGUUUUGAAAACAAAGUGGAAUAUAGUUGCUGGGGAGACUUUGCGGCUUAGACAGUUUUCCUAUUGCGUGUCUCGAUGAGGUACAGAGGUCAUGGCUCGUGUUGUCUGUCCCGCCUCUUCCUGCUUGGACCUCGGCCAGACCGGAUGUGUGUGGUCCGCAGCUACAGUGCCCAACACCGGCCGAGUGGCCCGGGGCGUCCUGACGGGAAGGAUGGACCCGAGAGUGCGAAGGAACGUGCGGUGUCAGCCUUACAACAUGCAGGUCAGUUGGGGCAUCAGUGGGGUCAAAGGUCGGCACAGAUGGCCACUGCCGCCAUGAACCGUUGGUGGGAGAGGUAUGAGGAGUUUGUCGGCCUCAACGAGGUCCGCGGCGCUCAGGCAAAUGUCACAGAGGCUGAGGCGGCGUUCAUGGUUUCCAGGGGGAUGGUGCGCGAGGCUCACGGCAGCCUGGAGACCCUGCAGGCCCGGCUGAAGGAGGUCAGGGACAGGCUGGACAGAGUCUCCAGGGAGGAGGCGCACUACCUGGAGCUGGCCACGCUGGAGCACAAACUGCUGCAGGAGGAGCGCCGCUUGAGAAUGGCCUACGAGCACGCCGAGGGCUCGGAGAGAGAGAAGUUCGCCUCGUUCUCGGCCGCCGUCAGGGAGAGUCACGAGAAGGAGAGGACGCGAGCCGAGCGCACCAAGAACUGGUCCGUGAUUGGCUCGGUGCUGGGAGCCCUGAUCGGGGUCAUGGGGUCCACAUACGUCAACCGCGUCCGACUGCAGGAGCUCAAAAGUCUGCUGCUGGAGGCCCAGAAGGGGCCAGAAAGCCUGCAGGAAGCCCUGAAAGUCCAAGCAGGGAACCAUCGCUCGCAGCAGGACGAGCUCCGGGCGCUCAUCGACAGCCUCAGGGUCACCCUGAAGGCUCCUCUCCUGACCCGCUCCUCGGCCGUCAGCCCUUCUCCGUCCUCGGGCGAGGUCCAAAGGACAGAGUCCCCCCUGCAGUCCCAAGUGGGGCAGCUGCAGCAAGGACUGGGCAAGGUCCAGAGUGAUCUUUCCCUGGUGAGGAGCCUGCUUGAAACCGCACCGCAGAGGCCGGUCCGAAUCCAGACAGCGGACCGGCCGGGGUUGGAGUCGAUGGUUCAGACUUUUGAGGACACCCAGAGGACGUUGGGCGAACGUGUCAGCCGGAGCACGCUCUAUAACGCCGCCUUCACGUACACGGCCGCCGCCAUCACGGUCUCUGCUGUGUACGCUCUACUCCGGGGGGGUGCAUAGCGACGAGCCAUCACACUUGUUUUGAUCAUUCCAAGGAGACUGAUGACUCUCUCACUUUUAAUUCCGAUACAAGUGACAUACUUGAACAUGUGAUCAUGCAUUAAAAACAAGAUGUGAUUCUC